AUGACAAGUGCAUUGAUAUAUCUAUCAUUAUCACUGUCAUUAGUGGUGUUGUUAUUUUCCUGUGGAAUUUAUGUGUGUGAGGGUCAAGAUCCUGAGGCUCUCCCUCCAGCAGCUGAAAGCUGUAAUGGGGUUUACAUUUCCUAUGACUUCCUUGACAGAAGGAAGGGAUUCCCUCGCCUCAAGAACGUUACAGCGCAAUCAUGGGCCUUCAAUGCCACUGCAACAUUACUCAACACAGGCUCGGAUGUUCUUAGAUCAUGGAAGUUGUUCAUUGGGUUUCAACACGAUGAGAUUCUAGUCUCAGUUGGUGGAGGUGUUCUGUACGAUGGAGGGGAAUUCCCUGCUUCAGUUGGAAAAGGCACUCACUUAGUUGGAACUUCUCUUCCUGAUUUGGAAACCUCCGUCAACACAGCCCAAGAUUUGACCCAAAUUCAAGCGCUGAUUCAACUUAGUGGCACCCAGUUUGGGGUUAAGCCUCCUGGGAUUCCUAUGCCGAAAACCAUUAAGUUGGUAAAUGAAGGAUACAAGUGUCCCCAACCAAGUAUCCGUAAAAGUUCCAUGUGGGCGUGUUGUAAAAGAGACCCCAAAUACAAGUCUGAUGUUGAGAAGAACAAAUACAUGCGACGCCUCAAAGGGGAUCUUGUCAUAUCCUAUGACGUUCUUCAAGUGUAUGAGAAUAACUAUAUUGUUCAAGUGACCAUGGAGAAUCAUAGCCCGUUGGGACGCUUAGAUCGUUGGAACAUGACAUGGGAGUGGACUAGAGGGGAAUUCAUAGCCAACAUGAGAGGGGCUUUCACGCGUGAGAUAGACUACUCGGGUUGUGUCUAUGGUCCUGCAGGAGAGCACUACCAGGGCAUGGAUUUCUCUAAAGUCAUCAACUGUCAAAAGAAUCCAAUAGUUAGUGACUUGCCUCCAGAGAAAUCCAAUGACACCGAAAUUGGAAAAAUACCUUUCUGCUGCAGAAAUGGCACUCUUUUACCUACCCUUAUGGAUACAAGCCAAUCCAAGUCUGUUUUCCAGAUGCAAGUGUUUAAAGUUCCACCUGAUGUGAAUAGAACAUCUCUUCACCCACCAGAGAAGUGGAAAGUAAUGGGAAUCCUUAACCCGGAUUACAAAUGUGGGCCACCUUUGAGAGUUGAACCUUCACGAUUUCCAGACACUAGGGGACUUGGGGCUUCGGUUAUUGCUCUUGGAAGUUGGCAAAUAGUUUGCAAUAUUACCAAGCCAACCAAGAGGAACACUCGCUGCUGUGUCUCUUUCUCUGCUUAUUACAAUGAGUCUGUUGUACCUUGCAACACAUGUGCUUGUGGUUGUAAAAACACUGACCACUGUAAUCCGAAUGCCCGAGCUUUGCUUCUCCCUGGAGAGGCUCUUCUUGUACCAUUUGAGAAUAGGACACUUAAGUCGGUUGCUUGGGCCAAAUUAAAGCAUUUUCGUGUCCCAAGCAAAUUACCAUGCGCUGACAAUUGUGGAGUUAGCAUAAAUUGGCAUGUACUUUCGGAUUUCAAAGGUGGGUGGAGUGCUAGAAUCACUCUGUUCAAUUGGGAGCCUUUCCAUUUUGAGAAUUGGUUCACUGCACUGCAAUUCAAGAAGGCUUCUCUUGGUUAUGAGAGAGUGUUUUCCUUCAAUGGGACAUUCCUUCCUAAACUCAACCACACUAUUUUCAUGCAAGGAUUACCAGGAGCGAACUUUUUGAUAGGUAUAGACAAUAGUACAAACCCAAAGGUGCCUGGAAAACAACAAUCUGUUAUUUCCUUUACGAAGAAAUUCACACCCAACAUACAAAUAGCAAAAGGAGAUGGAUUCCCUUCAAAAGUCCUUUUCAAUGGAGAAGAGUGUUCUCUUCCUACCCAAUUCCCCGUGCGAAGUGGAAACCAACGUAAUGUAGAUUUAUUACACAAAAUGUUGUUAGUCUUAGUUUUAGCUUUUACAUUGAAUCAAAUACUGUGUUAG